AACAGGUCAAGGUAUUAUGAUUUCCAGGAUGCAUUAUAAAGACUGAAGCAAAUAUAUGCAAAUCCUUUAACCACGUAUUAGCCAACUCAGGGUAGAGAUGUUUUAGUUAUUAGCAACUAUUUUAACCAAAUUUAGGCUGAUAAUUCAUAACUUUUUUAGAUUAUAUAUUACAAACAUUUCAGUUUGUUGAGUGAACAGAACACAACCUAAUAAAAAUUUACUGAUAAACAAAAUUUUAAAGCCUAGUAAUUAAAUAAAGAUUCAGCUUUUUAUUUAUACCAUGAAUAACACAAGUUGCACGACAGUCUCAUAAAAAAAAGGGAAAUCACACCCAUUUUAAACACAAAUAUUAGUCUCAGGCAACCAGCAGGGGAUCUAUUGUGUGGUUGUAAUGCAGGCUCAGUGGGUGUGAACUCAGGCCAUGUGCUCCGUUCAACACAAGAGGGAUAAUCUCAGAAGCUGACCAAGCAGCAAACAAACUGUGGGAGCAGCUCUGGAGUCAGUAACUGCUUUUGCCAUUAGCACAAAUAACACAGGCCACUGGUGAGCUGAAAACCUUAUCAUCAAAUCUGUGAAUAAGUCAGCUGGAAUUCUGUUACAGUUGAUCGGAAAUAGGAUGAAGACAGACAAGGGCAGCAUUCGAGGGAGAGACAUCGUGGAGAGUUCAAUAUGUACACCUCUAUUUUGGCAGAUGAAAUGGACAUCAACACUUUUCAGAACAAAGAGAAAGAAAGGAUCCUCUGCAUAUGAGGUUUGAAAUAAAACAAUGGCGAGCAAGAGGACAAAAAAAAAAACAAAAAAAAAAAAAGAAAGAAAGAAAGAUGCAAUGCACUAGUAAGAAGGAAACUGUAUGUGGGAGGAGAGUGGAAAAAAUCCCUAAUGAAGUAUAUUCCCGCUGUGCAAGAUGUAUGACUGGGUGUUACUGCUGGUAACCAGGCGGGGAUGGACCUCGCCUCAUGGGGCUGUGGGGGAAGCAAUUUAAUCAGCUAUGAAUAAAGUGGUGAAUAACAAACUCUGAUGCAAGAAGCACUGCCUCACUCUGACAUGAGCCAAAGCUGAGAGAACUAAGCCUUCCCACCAGCACACGUCAAAACAACCCUGACAGCCAAAUUUAGCUCAGAUACAUUAUAGACGCUGCCACUGUUCCUGUCAUUGCUGAUAAUGGAGCCAAUGAAAAUGACUUCUGUUCAUCGCAGGACUCCAGAUGGACUCUAGUAACAUAGUUCAGAGAAGCCAUUUAGGUAGCAGCAACUCAAAUUGGUGUUUAUGUGUAAACCUUUACUUCUUCACCAAAGAGACUUCAGACUGAACUGCCUCAAAGGAGCUUUAUCUGUGGUGGUGCUGGCGUACUACAGAGAAACAGUGCUAUUAUGUGCCAGCUUGAAGGGACAAAAUGCAGCUUCCUGUUGUGCCUGGGGAUGAGUAUUAUUGCCUGUUCAUUCAUUUAUUUGAAGACUAAGACACCAACUGAGCAAAAGUACCCACAGCUUAAAAGCUGCAGACCCUUCUCUAGUGAAUGUAAACCUUUUCUGCCUGAGAUGGAGAAAGGAGUAGAACAGUACCAACGUGACUGUCAGGUGGGAAACUUUAUCCUGAAUAGCAGCCUGCAUUGUUCAAGUUUAAUUGAUGACCUACACUUUAUCACCAGACCUCUAAGCCGCAAGGAGGAGGAAUACCCUUUAGCUUUCAUUGUGACUAUUCACAAAGAGUUGGAGCUUUUUGUGCGUAUGUUGCGAGCCAUUUACAUGCCACAAAAUAUCUACUGCAUUCAUGUGGAUGCCAAGGCUCCAAUGGAGUACAAGAUGGCUGUCCAGAGACUAGUCGGCUGCUUUAAAAAUAUGUUCCUCUCCACCCGCAGUGAGAAAGUGACCUAUGCUGGCUUUUCGCGCUUGCAAGCGGACUUGAACUGCAUGAAGGAUCUAAUUAAGUUUAAGCAAAGCUGGAGGAAGGUAGUGAAUUUGUGUGGUCAGGAUUUUCCUGUCAAGAGCAACCUGGAACUGGUGCAGUACAUGCAGAGCAAGCAGUGGAGGGACAGAAACAUGACGCCUGGGGUAAAACAACCAGUAUCAAUGAGGCACAGGACACAACUCCAGCAUCAAGAGAUCACAGGGUCUCAUGUAGCUCCAAAAAGGCCAAGAGUGAGGAAAAGCCCUCCUCCACACAACCUGCAAAUUUAUUUUGGAACGGCCUACUAUGUGCUUACAAGGGAUUUUGUAGACUUUGUUUUGAAAAGCCGAAUAGCUCACGAUCUGUUGGAGUGGUCUAAAGACACAUUCAGUCCAGAUGAGCACUAUUUUGUGACGCUCAACCACAUCAAAGAGGCUCCAGGCAGCCAUAUUGAUGGAGGUUGGGAAGGAGAAAUCCGGGCAAUCAAGUGGAGGGAUCAAGAAGGAAUGACACACAAUGGAUGCAAAGGGAAUUAUGUACGAGAUAUUUGUGUUUACGGAAUAGAAGACCUUCCGUGGAUCAUCAACAAAAACAGCAUGUUUGCCAAUAAGUUUGACAGUAAUACCUUUCCUGAGGCACUUGACUGUCUAGAGCAGUGGCAUAGGAACAAAGUGUUGAACCAGGCAACAGUUCCCAUAGAACCAUCAUGGCUACUAGCCACACAAAGCAAUUCAAGAAGUAACAGCUACUUCAACAGGCGUGCUAAAGUAUGAAAUAAUAACAAAAAGUUGUAGUAGAUUAUUUGUGUUUCCUCUCUGCAAUCUAAUGCAAAAUGUGAGUGGGAGAACACUGAGCUGAAAUGUGUUGUGAACCUCCAAACUGUAGAGCAGCUAUGACUAGUUGUGUUUAUUUAUUUAAACAGAAACUGUACUAUUGUUGUUGUUUCUAAUGCAUUUGCCACUGAGACAUUACAUUAAUAAAAUAAGUGACUAAAAAACAGAUUAGAUUACCAGUUAAACAGUGUUCAGUAUGAGCUCUGGUUUGCUAAAGACACUUGAUAGAUCUGUUGCCUGAUUCACUAUUGAAUAAAUUAAAGGAAAGCAGAUGUUGACAAAGGUAAUUUCGCUAAAAGCAGCACUUCCUGUCCUCUGACAUGUCCUCUUUUUGCUUACAUUAUCCUGCAAAACGCAUUUUGGGGUAAGAGUUUAAGUUAUUUUUGUUUAUGUAAUUGAAUUGUACUUUUUAUUGAAGUCUCUAUAUGACUAAAUUAUAAGUUUUUAAAUUAAAAUGACUUGGCAGACCUUAAGAGCAUAUUGUAAGUCAAGUACAUAUUAGUUUUUCUUUAAAGUUACAAAGUUGUUUUGAAUUAUAUUAGAAUAUAUGUAAUGAACUAGAGAAGGGCUUUCAAAAAAACACAAGGCAAAAACUGUUCUGAAAACCUGUUCAAACACAAUGUCAAAUCACUUGUUAGUUGAACAUAAUAAAUGAUUUUGUCCAAUUUGUUGUGUUUUGUUUGGAAAACUGAAGCCAAAUAUACGCAGUACCAGUCAAAAGUCUGGACACACCAACUCUUUAGGUGAAUGGUUAGGUGUGUCCAGUCUUUUGGCUUCCACAGCUGUCAACACUGUUAGAUGGACAGCAAAGUGUAAAAUAAAAAAUGAAGGAGGUAGUCAGCCACUCAGAUUUUAGAGGUUCAGAAUACUGUGAACUCACUGGUAAGUUUGCACUCAAAAGAAUCUGCAUACAGUCUGUUUCCCUUGAGAAUCCCUGCAGAUUUUCCCGUAGU